UAUUUCACACUGACCACAGAGGAAGAUUCUGAUAAGACCAUCAUUCCCAGGAAUAAUGUUACUGAAGAGGCUGCCAGCAUCCAAAGCUUCCUUGAAAAAUACCCUUUUUUCGCCUAACUAGAUUUUGUGCUCACCCCACAGGAACAGGCCCUCACAUUGUCUGCUGACCUUUCACAUUUCCACACUGGCUGAGAGGGAUUGUGAGUUUUUUCCGUUCUUUGUGAAGAGCCUCCCCCACCCCUAGUUUCUAACUUGAAGGCAGUUCAAAGGGGUUUCUGUCAGUCCUUCAGACCGAGCGCAGGGAAGCUCAAGUGGAUAUCAGCCUGUGAGAGAGAGAACCAUGGCAGAGAAGCGGUGUGUGUUUAUCUGCUUCACUAGGCUAAUAUACCUGGUCACUUCUUCAGCAAGCAGAUAUCAUUAUGAUGCUGGAUUGUCCCCCAUAGGUGCCAGACUAGAGGUGCAUGGGGUAUCCUCAUAUCCUCAUGGACUUCCUGGGCACACUGAUAACCUAGACAGAAAAGAUGUUUUGGAUCAGGACUUAACUGAUGUACCAAGUACUGUUCCAUCAGAAGGCAGCAAAUCAGAUUUCCAUGAUGCCAAAGAGCCUUACCCAACAAGCGGAAACCGGUGUCCAUAUGUUCGAUCAAGAGUUGUGUCAUUUGUACACCUUUGUAAAACAGAGAAGUAUAUCAUAAGGUCCCAAACCAUCUGCCCAUCUGGUACACCAGACUGCCAAAGAACUAUGUACCGACUUGCUCAGAAACCAGUGUAUGAAAUUAAAAGGAAAGAAGUAACCAGUUUAGAAUGGAAAUGUUGCCCUGGAUAUAUUGGUACCAACUGUGAGGUCAUCGAUCCCAAUUCAAUUCCGAUUCCUGAAAUACUAGCAGCAAGGUCUGAGACUGAAUGGGAACCAUUGCUAAACACAGCAACAGAGGUUCCUGAGAUUAUACAGUCCAUACAAAAGCAAGAAACUCUUAUUGAGGAAAUCCAAAAUGACAUUCAUCAGGCAACAGACAACCUUCUGGAUUUACAGAAUGCACUAGAAAAAAACACAAGUCUUUCAUCAAACAUGAAUCAAACUAAGUCAGAUGCUGAGGAUCGUCUUCUUAGAGAGAUCUUUCUACCUUACAUGGAAAACUUCCUGCGGGAGAAGUUUAAUCCAAUGUGGAACAGUUUUAACAAAAGCUUACAAAAUCUUUCAGACGUGGUAAAUAACCUCUCAGAAAAUGUUGAAACAAACCGAAAGAGAAUGGAUAUGUUUCUGGAGAAUACAGUACCGAAAAAAGACCUUCAUGAGCUAGGAACAAAGUUUGAGUCAAAAAUCCAGGACAGUAUUGUCAAACUUGAUCACAUGAAGCAUGAAUUGUACAACCAUUUGCAUUUUCAGCAGGCAGGAAUUCACUACAAUUUUACUGUGAUAAAGGCAGACACAGACAUGAAACUUAAGCAAAGUCAAAAAUUGCAACAGUCACAGUUUGCACACUUUAACAUAAGCAUCGAUGAACUCAGUAGAGGACAAGAGCAAAUUCAAGAUCAACUUCAAUCUUUAACUCAAAAUAUCACCCAGUUGUGGGUGUCUUGUCAUACUGAAGGAGGAAAAACAAAACAGAUUACAUAUGAACAUAUUAAUCAGACUCUCGCAGAAUACAAAGACCAAAUUAGGGAUUUAUACACUGAAUCAGAUGCAGCAUUUGAGAACCUUUCUACUUUGGAGAAAUGGUUUAAAGAACUACGAACUGAAUUCAAAAAGAAUGCUCACGAAGUUCAAGUUUCCUUGAUGGAGAAAAGUCUUACUAUGGAAGAGAAUAAGGAUUUUCUUUUGAGGCAGAUAAUGAAACUCAAUUAUACAGUAACAAGUUUCCAAGAGGGUAGUAAUGAUCUGUGGAAGGAUUGUGACUGCCAAAAAAUAACAAUGGAUAUCCUUGCUCUUGAAGAAGGUCAGAAGAAUCUUUCCAGCUUACUUGAGAAUGUUUCAUAUGGUAUAGCAGAUGUCAAAGUAAAAGAAGGGUUUUCAAAGACUUCAUUGCAGAAUUCUGUUGAAGACCUUUCUUUGGCUCUUCAUCUUAAUCGUCAGUCUCUAUCUGCCCAACAAGAACAAGGAAGAACCCUAGCACACAUUACUUCUCAGCUGAAAUCCCAAGCUAAGAACUUUUCAGAAGAUGUUGAAUCUCUCAAGAAAGAUAACGAUGUGAUAAACAACCAUAUCAAACUUCUUGACAGUACAUUUAGUUCCCUUUUGGAGGAUGCCACUAGACACGAUAGAGCUCUACAAGCUUUACUUGGUGAGGAUGUUUUAGAGGUCAUGUCUGAAGAUAAUCCUGUAGUAUUACAGAUGUCACUAUCAGAGAUAUAUGAAGUUGUCAAUGAAACACGUCACAGGCUUGAAUACCAACAGAUGAUUACAGAUUUACUAAACAGAAGACUACAGGUUCUUGAGAUGCAGCCUCAGAAAAGAGACUCAUCUGAUAUUUCUACCAUCUUUAAUGUUGAGCAACAAACAGAGGGCAUUCCAAAUUAUGGUCAGUUCAGUGAUUACAAACAGCCAAACAAUGAAGCUUCAAGGGAUGAUCAUUUAGAUGAACCAGUGCACAGUGAUAUUGCUAUCUUAAAAAAUGACAUAAGAAAUCUAAAUGUAAAGUUAUUGGCCAUCGAAUCUCAAGUCACUGAAGGAAAUGAUUGCAUUAAUGACACCAUAUUUAAUGCUUUCAAACCAUUAAAUAACUCCUUGGGAUCCAUGAGGUCAGAUAUAUUUGCAUUAAGAGAGCUUUUCACAGAUCAUGUACAUACUUUCCAGAAGAUAUUUAGCAAUUAUGAAACACUGAUUGCAACCAAUACAACUUUAAAUGUUGCAAAGGUUCAAGCUUUUGUUGAUAAAAAGAUGAAAAUGAAAAAGAAUGAAGGAGUGAUCCAAAAUAUACAAAGAGAUAAAAAGGAGUUAGAGCAUCGCUGGCAGUCGGAUGGAGCAGCAAGACUUGCAAUGAAGCAUGAUUCUUCAGUGGCAUUUGCUGCUGGUUUUACCGAAGGUGCUGAGGGGGUGAAAAUCAUAACCUUCAACAAAAUUUUCCUCAACUAUGGGAAUGUUUUCUCACCAGAAGAUGGACAUUUCACUGCCCCAUGUAAUGGAGUGUAUGCUUUUUCAGUUACUGUUGACUUUAGUCCUGGAAGUGCACUGAGUUAUUUAUUAUUGGGAGGACGACAAAAAGUUAUUCUUUACAACAGUAUUAAACAAGAAAGUGAAAGCUUAAAAGACAGUUUUGUGGUGGUGGAGCUUCAGAAGGAUGAUAAAGUAUGGCUUGAACUUCUUCAAGGUUCUAUUAAGAAGAAUUCUUCUGGCACCCUUCUUGCUGGUUACUUAAUUUUCAAAACUUGAAUUUAAUAUACUAGAAGACUUCCAAAAUAUGUCUCAUAAGAAAUAUUUCAAAAAUAGCUCAAAGAGAGGUUGAAUAACUAUACAGUUUAAUAUAUAUAUAUGUCGGAGCUCAUAGUACUUUGUCCUACCAGAUUAUAUCAUGUGUGGUAGUAACUUAGUGAUUGCUAUCAUGGAUCAUACUGCAAGUAUUUUAUACAACCUCACCUUCUCUUGGUAGUAGUGAACUUUAAUGAAAAAGUCAUGUUUGUUAUCAAAUGUAUAAUAGAUCUGAAAUGCGAAUUAUAGUUUGAGAGUAGUAGAAAACACUUACAUAAUUCUGUGUAUAACCCAUUACUGGAUUCAUGGUAGGACUAGUGUUGGAGAAGGCACAAUAGAAUUUGAAACCUUUCUUCCACCAACAUCUGGACAUGCAGACAGCUGCGUAAGUGAAUCAUUUGCUUUUACCCAUUGUGUAAAGCGGCUUUCUUCAAGCUAAAAAGUCUAUAGCUAUGAAUUUUUGGCUGACUUCUGCUAUGUCAGUUUACUGAAAUGAUAUACUGUAUAGUGACUGCAUCUAUCUGUCUACCAGUGUUAAGUCAUUUUUUAUUCUACAUCGUUGUUGCCCACAAUUGCACUUGGUUACUUUAAGUUCCUAACUUUUGGGGGCCGAUUUACUAAGGGUCAAAGUGAAAUCGAGGGAAUUUUCAAAGUAAAAAAAUUCGAAGUGAUUUUUUGGAUAUUUCGACCAUCGAAUAGGAUAGUACGACCUCGAAUUUACUUCGAUU